CCGGAGAGAGCGGUCUGGCGGGAGGGAUGCGGUGCGGGAAGAUGGCGGCAGAGCCGCCGCCGCUUGCAGGCAGGGCGGCGGGCACCUGGGGCGGCGUGCGGCGGCGCUGCCAGCGGCUGCUGUACUGGGUGCCGGUGCUCUUCAUCUCCAGCAUCCUCUGCUGGUCCUACUACGCCUAUGUCACCCAGCUCUGCCUGCUGACAAUGACAAAUAUUGGAGAAAAAGUUGUGUGCCUGGUUGCUUACCACAUAUUUUUCAUGCUGUUCGUCUGGUCAUAUUGGAAAACAAUCUUUACGCUACCAAUGAAUCCUUCAAAAGAAUUUCAUCUAUCAUAUUCAGACAAGGAAUCCCUAGAGAGGGAGCCUAGAGGUGAAUCCCAGCAAGAAGUCUUAAGACGGGCAGCCAAGGAUCUUCCUAUUUAUACACGGACAAUGUCUGGAGCAAUCAGAUACUGUGACAGAUGCCAUCUUGUAAAACCAGACCGUUGCCAUCACUGCUCUGUAUGCGACAAAUGCAUUUUGAAAAUGGAUCACCAUUGCCCUUGGGUGAACAACUGUGUAGGAUUCUCCAAUUACAAAUUUUUUCUUCUCUUCUUGGCUUACUCGCUACUGUAUUGCCUGUUCAUUGCUGCAACGGAUUUACAGUAUUUUAUCAAAUUUUGGACAAAUGGCCUUUCUGAUACUCAAGCCAAGUUCCACAUCAUGUUUUUAUUCUUUGCUGCAGCUAUGUUUUCUGUCAGCCUCUCUUCUCUCUUUGGGUAUCACUGUUGGCUUGUCAGCAAGAAUAAGUCUACAUUAGAGGUAUUCAGAGCUCCCAUAUUUCGUCACAGAACAGACAAGAAUGGCUUUAGCUUGGGCUUCAGCAAAAACCUAAGGCAAGUGUUUGGCGAUGAGAAGAAAUACUGGUUGCUGCCCAUAUUUUCAAGUCUAGGGGAUGGUUGCUCCUUCCCAACUUGCCUCGUUAAUCAGGAUCCUGAGCAAGCUUCCACACCUGGUUGUCUUAAUUCAACAUCCAAAAAUGAGAACCAUCUGUUUCCUGCAAAGCCGUUGUGUGAUUCCCAGAGCCACCUUCUCACAGAUACACCAUCUUGGUCUGAAACCAGUGCAAAGGCUGAAAAGGGCAAAGUUGGUAUGAGCAAUCCUGCAUUAACCAUGGAAAAUGAAACCUAAUUUUCCUAAAAAGAAACAUUUUGAAUAUGUAAGGAAAGGUAUGUUAAUAUUCUCUGUACUUAAUAUGCUUCCAUGAUACCUUACCACUUGAAGAAUGCACAAAAGAAAAUUACUAAAGCAAUUCCUAUUUUAUUUUCUUAAAUUUAAUUAUUUUUACCAUUAUUAGUAGCACAUGAAUUCAUAGUUUUAAACUAAAUCUCCUAUUUCUUGGUAUGUCAUGUUUGCAAACUAGUUUAACCUUUAUACCCUUUGCUUUUAGGUAAUAUUCCAAAGUAUUAUUCCCCUUCUUUAGAAAGGUAAUGAAGUUGUGACUCUUCAAACAGUCCAGCAAAUAUUUGUAACUCUGAGUUCGAAAAUGAAGUUAGUUCUUAACACUGAACCAUAGCUUGAUCUGCUAAAACAGGUAAAGAUCUGUCAGGUGAUGAAGGAACAAAGAUUUAUUUGAAUACAUAAGCUAUUACCAGCUUGUUCUUCUGUGCCAAGGACUAAGCUGAAUCCUCUUUAAUAGCAAAAACGUGCUGCCUACUGAAGACAAAAGGUGCCCAUAUGACUUCCUGAGCCACCUGUUGUCAAAAUCAGCUAAGAUUUUUUUGAUUUCUUGCAUUGGUAUUUUGCAACAAAGACUUCAUGGUUUAAGAAGCAGUUAGUACAUUCUGUUACGUACAUGAGAGGAGGAGACCUUAGUAAUUGGGUUGCAGGGAAUGAACACAAUUGAUCAUCAUAUUCACUUUCAUAUUCAAAGGUUUCUUAACUCCACCAAAGCCUGUGGAAAUCAGCUAUUUAAUAUUUAAAGCUAGAUAAAGAAUUUGACUCCAAUCCUAAGAAUUUCAGCAUCCUGAAUAAUGUACAAUUUUCCAACAUCAGAGGAGUUGCUCCAGCAAGGUCAUUUCCAUCUCUGCUAUUGAAGGCACCUUUUCAAUCAUCCUGGAAAAAGUGUUUCCAGUGCAUGUCCUUCAUUUGUGUAUGACAUGGCUCCUGAACAUGCUGUGUGAUAGCUGUCAGGUUGCUCUCAGUCACUCCUGGGGGAAGUGGAAGGCAUGGAAUACCAUCAGAGAACUUCAGUGAUUGUUACUAGGUCCAUUAGGCAUGGUAUUGCAAUGUCAAGGCAAGUGAUAAAAAUGGUAGGUGUGCAGACAGCAGCAGGUGGCCUGCAGCUUCUACCAAAACAGGUCCCACAAGUUCAGUUGGAUUCAUCAGAGAAACUGAAAAAUUCUUGACCCUUACAUUCUGGUUUUGUGUUAUGUGGCGAGUGAAGACACAGAUG